AUGAAGUUUGGAUGGCGCGUUCCACCAAACACAAUCUCCGUCCUUGUCCGUAAAGUGUGCCGGGCGAUCGUUGACGAGUAUCUGGAUGAGGUGAUGACCCCACCAAGCACUCCUGAAGCGUGGCGUGAGAUUGCCAACCAGUUCAUGACAAGGUGGAACUUCCCUCAUUGUUGUGGUGCCGUUGACGGCAAACAUGUUGCCUGCAGAUGCCAUAACUCUUCCGGAUCAACCUACUACAACUACAAGGGAUUCUAUUCUGUGGUGAUUAUGGCCCUAGUGGACGCAGAUUACAAGUUCAUUUGGGCAGGGAAGGGAGCAGCAUCCGACGCACACAUCUAUAACGGGUCUGAGCUGAAAGAAUGCAUCAAUGAUGGCUCCAUUGGCUUCCCACCAGCUGAACCCCUGCCAUACGACAACGAGGAUGUACCGUAA